GCUUCAAGUAGGAAGUGAAUUCGUCACUUCGCCAGACAAACUAUGUUGGAGAAAAUCCAAUAUUCGUUAAUCGUUGACUGGUAUAAACAUGUUUGGCUGUGAGUAUUUACCAUAUAACAAUUAGCCGCACUGAAAACCUGACGGACAUCAGGUUAUAAGGGGGUUGUGUUUCCUUUUCUCCCAGCAGAUAGGACGGUGUUUCAGACCAUGGUCACUGUUGGAUACCCCAGUGCCCCCAAGGAGGGCACAGAGGCCAUCGUGCCUCAGGAACAAGAACCAGAGAAGAGAAAAUUUCGGUCCCACUCCCAACUAUAUGGAGCCGUCGGGGACAGCAUAGGCAAUCUAGGAGAUAACUGCCCGACUUGUCGGGGAAUAGGGCGUAUUCCAAGAAAACAUGAUCAGCUAGUGGCAGUCAUCUCAUGUUCAGACAAAAGACUGAGGCCCAGCCGCACGAAACUCUACGUGUGUAUCUCGGUGGUGCUGUGUCUCCUGAUCUGCUUUCUGAUCCUCUUCUUCCUCUUCCCACGGAGUAUCUCACUAUCCCCUGUCACCGUCCAAUCAGUGAUGGUCUUCUUCACCCCAGACAAAGUUGAAAUGCAAGUCACUAAUGUUUUCGACUUCACCAAUGACAAUUUUGCGGAGAUGAAAGUCUUGGACUUUGAUAUGCAAGUGCUGAUCGAUGAAACAGUGAUGGGCAGAAUCAAGAUAUCUAAUAUGACCUCGGUCAAAUCACGUUCAGAGAAAUUGUAUACUGUUGUCAUACCCAUAAUAAUUGAGGACCCAGGCCUAAAUAAUUACUGCAAGUCAACCUCCAUAAGGAUUCACACCUUGUUCUUACUUUUGCAAAUGACAAUGAAUGUGUCCUACCUGGCUCACUCGGAGCAGCUGUCCAAAGACACCUUUGAGUACAUUGACUGUGGAGCCAACACCACCAUUCCCCACUCUAUCGGGCAAAUGAUUUUGGAACAAUGAAAGCCUGGCAACGAGGGAUUCCCAAAGUGAAAAUAUGUAUACGUAUUGUAGUAGACAAUAUAAUUCAUUCUAGUAUUGUCCUAUGCUCUGCCCACAUUGUUUGCUGUGCAAUAUUCUUCUAAAGUAGUUUUGUGAAUGAUUUGUGAACUGUGCCCACAUUAUUUGCUGUGCAAUAUUCUUCUAAAGUAGUUUUGUGAAUGAUUUGUGAACUGUGAAAGUACAUGUUGGUUGUUUUAACAUAACUGUAGGGAUUUAGAACAUAUAUGAGAUGUGUGAAUACAAAUUAAAUUCCACAAGUCAUGUUAUGUGUAUUUUAAAGUUUACUGCAUUGAUAUUCAGUAUGCGAUUGGCUUGUAAUUCCAUUAACCUCCAUCAACCUUACAGUAUAUAACAAGGUAAAUAACAUUUCCUAAGUGUUGCCAUGAUUUGACUGUGAGAGGAAUGGUGCAGUGGAGUGACAACUUUCCUGGACAGGGUGUUGAACUCUGACUAUUUGCACACUUGGAACUUUUGAGGCACAUGGCUGAAAUACCUAGAACCUUACCAGCUUUUAAAAGUCUUUCUUUGAAGACACUGACAUGAGGUGUGUGUGUGUGUGUGUGUGUGUGUGUGUGUGUGUGUGUGUGUGUGUGUCCAACUUUGGAGGUUAAAUCAAGUUUCUAUAAUAUUAUUGAAUUUCCCUGUCAAUCGUCACAACAUGAUUAGUAAAAAUAAAUAGGCCAUAUUCUA